GCCUAGUAUUAACUAUUUAUAUUUUAGUAAGAUGGACAAGGAGAGACACACAAUAGACAAGCUGUAUCUGGACACAGCUACUCUAGCUUGGAACGGGAACCCUGUAGAUGGGAUUAACAGUAUUAAGAGUUUUCUGUUGGACCGUCUCCCAAAAACCUCACACUACGUUAACAGCCUGGACAGUCAACCUGUAGCUGACUACGCUGUUGGCGGUCAAACUACUAUUCUUGUUCAGGUAGAACACCACCCAUCCAGGAUUUAA